GGGUCAAAGGGUCAAGGUCUAAAGCAGUGGUGCUCAUCCAGGGGCACUGUGCCCCAGCGUCAUUUGGCAGUGUCUGGGAACACUGCCAGCUGUCACACAGGGUUGAGGGGACUACGUGCAUCUAGCAGGUAGAAGCCAGGGUGCUGCUAUGUGUCCCACACUGCCCAGAGAGCCCCCAUAGGCAAGAUCACCAGCCUGAAAUGCCAGGACUGGCCGGGCUGAGAAACUAGUUUAGUCUGAAACGAAUUCUGCACAGACCGUUGUGAUGUCCUCUAACACGACGGCCAGCUCACCGUCAUGACACAACAUGACACAAUAGUCUUCCUGCAACGUGCGGGCGCCACGCCAGCCCGAGACGCAGAGGUCCGUGGGAUGGCGCCCCCUACUGCAGGGAGGCCGGCUCACCACACUUGCGCCCGACGGGGCUCUGGGCUUCUCCCUCGCUCCCUCCACUGAAGCAACCACUCCCGUGGUCCUCUGUGAGAACCACGGCUGUGGGCACGUGUCCUGCUUGGACAUCGGGGGCGAUGAGAACAGGUGGACUUGGGGGGCAGGCAGACUGAGACCCUGCUCCUGCCUGCGUGUCUGACGUGCUCAUUCUCGCUGGCCCACGUCGGUGGCUUUGCCUCUCUGGGCACCUUGCUCUGGGCACCAUGCCAGGGCCCUGCACCCAACACCAGGUCCUCCCCACCCCACCCCCGAUUCCCUCGGGAACACAAGGCGUGAGAAACGUUCACUAACUCGCCAACCACUUACUUCACUAUAUUUCUCGCUUUAAGUUCACCCUCAAGAAAGUUCUUCCGUGUGCAAUAAGCAGCUGUGAAUCUGCCUAAUAGAGUGAAGGCAUUUACCCUACUGGUGUCCCCGUGAGGAGUCACUGGCCACCUGCAUCUUUUUAGUUGCAUUUAAUAAUUCAGCCCAAGAUGAAUUUGCAUGAUUAACAUAAAGCCUCGUGAUUUUAUUUUCUUUCAGGAUUAAAAUACUGAAACAAGCACCAUUGUUUGUAUUUCCAGAGGUUGUGAUCCAAACACAAAACUUGAUUUCAGAAUGAAUAACUUCUUUAAAAAAAAAAAAGUACUUUCAAAUACCUCUCUCGACAGAAUCAAAGAAAUGAGUUGCUAACAUCGCCUUGGCGGGCACAGGGACACCCGUGUUCUUUCCAUGGCUGGUGUUAACCCGUGGGAAGCAAGCCACAUCUCAGAGGUUUGUCCUUUGUGGGUUCCGUAAAGCGGUACCGCCCACCGGCCCGUGGCAUCCGGAAUGGCUAACGCAGAUGGGGUUCUCUCAGUUUUUCAACUUAGGGUCUUCCACACUUAUCUGAUCAGCAGCUAGAAUCUCCCAAUAAGUCUUUAAGAGAAAACAGCCAUUCUCUGGGAUUCCAAUAAUAGAUUAAUCACGUCAUCCUCAAAAAAUAGUAAAAACCCAAACCAAAUCAGUCGCAUUUGGAAAACCAUCUGCCCAUGAAGCCGAGAUGUGUGCGUGAAAUGAUGAUUUGCAAAGCAAAAAGAGGCAGCAUCGUUGGGUUUCUUGACGAACAUAGUAAAACAGGUUUGUCUAAUGGGGAAACAUGCAUUACUAUGAAAAGAAAACGCGUAGAUCCCACAUGGAAGAGGAGGCAGGCUUUGAGAUCUGAGAAGCAUUUCGAGCUGUGCCUGCCAGCAAUUCUCUGCCUGGCUGAUUUUCCUUAACAUACAGGCUGACCUCACCUGUUUAAAAGUAAUCGGGGGGCAGGGAGCAGUCGUCCGGGCUGGAAGUUUGGGCUGCCCGUGUUUGCAUGUGCCUUUCUCCUGCCUGACGCCUGUGCUGUCUCCACGUGCAGGAAUCAUGGUCAGUAAGGACACCGGCAAAUGCGUACUCGCCGCGUCCGAGAGCGAAGUGGAGCCCGCCGCCUGCCUGGCCCUGGAGAUGAAAUACGCCCUGGACCCCAACCGGCAGAUCAAGAAGCGGAACAAGGCCUUGCAGGUGCGGUUCAAGGACAUCUGUGAGGCGCAGAACGAGCAGGGGGCCCCACGGCUCCCCGCGGGGCAGGUGGGCGAGAAGCGGGGAGCCAGGCCCGUGUGCUGCAGGGCCGCCUAUCGCAAAUACAUGACGGUGCCCGCGCGGAGGUCCAUCCCCAACGUCACCAAGAGCACGGGCGUGCAGACCUCGCCAGAUCUUAAAAAGUGUUACCAGACCUUCCCUCUGGACCGCAAAAAAGGGGCUCUCGCGGGCACCCCAGCCGGGGGCGCCUUCGCAAGCCAGGACAAUGGCUUUGGGAUCGAUUCCAAAGAGAAGCGGGAGGAGGCCCCCGCCUGGGCGGCGGGCCGGGCUCGGACCACGGCGGCCUUGGUUUUCCACCACGACGAGCACAGGAACGCGCUGGACUCGCCCGCCGGGGUCAACUGUGCGGAGCCGUGCGGAGACCCCGACGCGCCCCUCCACGGCUCCACCCGGCCUCCCCUCCACGGGCCCGGUCACCGGCUGCCCGGGAAGGCAGCACAGGGCAGGGCGACGCCCGACGCCGAGGAGCCCGCUCCCACAGCCCCCGGCAGGGUGUUUAAAACGGAGGUGGCCGCUGUUUAUGCCCCUGCCCCCAGCGCGAAGGCCACUGAGCCUGCCUUGUCGGACUCUGCUGCCGCCAGCCAGUGGUCCCUCUGCCCCGCAGCCGACGAGGAGCACGGCAGGGCCGCCCACCUCAACGGGCUCCAGGAACCCCCGGGGCAGUGCCUGUACCCCGAAUGUAGUGACCAGCCCCCGCAGACUCAAGCCCCACGGGGGCGGGAGGACCAGCCUUGCCCGCCGGCGGCCGCCGAGGGUGAAGAAUCCCAGCAAAUCGUGCCUCACACGGAGGUGGUGGGCCUGAAGGCUCAGCUGCAGGUCAUGGAGCACUUGAUCAGCUCGAGCCAAGAAACCAUCAAAGUGCUUCUGGGCGUCAUCCAGGAGCUGGAGAAGGGGGAGGCUCACCGGGAAGGGGUGAUGCGUGUCGUGAAGUUAAGCAGGAAAGGGAGCCAGGGCGCCGAGUUCCUCCGAGCCAUGAGGGGAGCAGGCGCGUGACGCAGGCAGCAAGCCCCGCUUGGGGCGAGCACGGACUCGGCGCUGGGAUCGGGGCGAUGGAUCAAGACGCGUUCACGGCCACCCACCGAGACGCACUCGGUCACACGAGAGUAGGACACCUAAUCGCUUCAUCAAUACCUACUUGGAACGGCCUGUAAGAGCCACGAGCAGGGCACUGCGGAUUUGCCAGAGGACGUGUGAGCUGCCCGGGAGGGGACAGGACACCUGGGCCGGGCGUGAGGACGCUGGUUCGGGCACACACAGCCCCACCGAGACAGAGCUGCUUUUCCACGCCGCACAGCUCCACCCCCCUAAAAUACAAAACAAGCCUUUCCUCUUGGAAACGUAUGUUUUCUAAGUCGUCAGUGUCUUGCGGGCAAAGUCUACGCUGGAGUCACCCAACAACUAACUGCCCCCAGCGAGAGCCGCACACAGAGCCGACUGUGGACACGAAGCCCAGCGAGAGCCACUGAGCGGGUCCAGGUGAUGUGCAGCACAGUGCUCUGAGGUCUGUAAUCAGAGCGCUAAGUAGAAAUGCACAGGAUUGCUGAAGACGACCCUCGUGUGUUCAGUAAGGUCACCGGGACUUGCUGGUCAGGCUCGUCUCUCAAGGGCCAACAUCUCACUUCUUGGCUCUGGGAGACUGGCACGUACUAUUUUGAGAAUUUCACCCUCUGGGUAGGACAAAUAAGAAGAAUGACCCGCCUUAACCUGCGAAAGGACUGUGCUCUAAAACAUCAUUCCGAAGUAAUUUGUUUGGACAUCUUCCAGUAAGCCCAGAUGAGACAUGGUGUUGGGUUCCCAGGCCAGCCCUCGUUUGGGUUCCCAAGGUAACCCUCAAUUUUUUUUCAGCCAUGGGACUCUAAAAAUAGAGUGUCCCUUAUUGGAGUCACCCAGGACGCCCAUUUCAUGCGAGGGACGUCUGGAACACACACAUUCACAUUCGGGGCGGAAACGAGGAGGCAUGUGAUGGACUUCGGUCUCAGGGAGAGCCCUCUCCCCGAAAAGAAGUCCUCGGUAAGUGGAGGAAACCACCAGUAAUUGGAGUGGCCUUACUACUGCCUGACCUGACGUCCACAGGCAGAAGAUGAAGACAAGAGAGAAACCAGGGCCGUAUAAUAAAUGCUCACUGGUUAAAAUUCCCUAAACACAAAAAAAGAAUUCAGUGAUUCGAAUGCAGGCGUUGCUCCGUUACAUUCAAGGUGCUGAGCAGACAGCGUGGAAGGGAGUCUUUUUAAAGUUUUAUGUCAAGGAAGCUGUGAAAUUCCACUGGAACGGAGGUCAAACCAGCCCUCGUAGAUCUACUGACACGAAGUUACCUUUCCAAUUAAUUUUAUUUUCCAUUUGCUCUUUGAUUCAUCAUCCCAUGCAUCCACAAACCGCUACCGCCACCUCUCCUGUGACCGGCACACCAGACAUCGGCCGGGCAAACAAAGAAAAACACGAAGCACGCCACGACAAUGCCGAAUGACGAGUGUGCUGGCCGAGGAAGCUACGGAGAGCUGGCCAGAGGGCCCCGCGGGGCGGCUCGCGGGGCUGUCCCUGCACCAUACUGAGACGCUUCAAAACAACCCGUUUAGACAUCCCUAAGGCGGGGGAAGUUAGGGGUGCCGCAGACACUGGGGGCUGCUGAUACUUUGUGUUCCUCAAAACACAGCUUCAGUUAAAACAAAUGAAUUGUUCUGUCUGCCCAGGGACCCCAGGGCACGAAUGAACACGGGAUUCACCAGCCUAAGAUCGCGAGUCAGCCACUGGCUAAAAGACAGCUCCUGUCGGCUUCUGGGAAGAGAGAGCCAGUCACACUGUCGCCAGCCAGUGAAAGCCGGCGCUUCCUUUUACUGCCCAGUCAACGACCUUGGAGUUAGUGAGGAAAAUCACUGUCAUGUUCUUUAAACAAACAACUUCGAUGUUCCCCAAAUCCUGUCCUAUCAUAGUGCAAGUGCAUAAAACAGAUAAACGGUUGAGGGUCCGCGGUAGACGGGUAGAUCUGAAUUCACAUGAGCUACUGAACAGCUGACGCACUUUCCGGACCUGAGCUGGCAAGUUCCUAGUGAGACCACGGACUCAGGAACAAGCCGAAGCUACUGCCAGGGGGUGGCCUUGACACACACAAGGGGGUCACUGAAAACAGCUGACUUUGGACGGCUUUUGAAAUCUAACGUCUCCCAACAAUACUAGUGGUAUCACUUUAUGCCUCUAAUUCAUGUCACUUGGAGACUCUUGAGUGAAAAGGCCCUUUAAGAUGCUGACGUAAAGGAUGGGUCAGUUACCAAGAAAGGACAGCUGGAGCUCAAAGCUGGGCUAGACUGCAGGAGGGAAGGACGGUUUCUGGCACCCGGUGAGAACGCCGAACAGACAAGAGAGAUGGAAAUUAAGGGGAUAAAUUAAACGAGGGCAUAAAAUCACCGGAGAGCGGAGAGCGUGCGCUUCCCCUGCAUCAAGCACCGUCUCUGGCCGGGGGCCCAGCACACACCUCUGAGUUAAUUCAAAGUGGCAACGCGCACCCGCUCUGUAACUAGUGUCUUCAAGACCACAACGGAAGGAGCACACCGCGAUUUCGGUGUUCUCCCAAAUGUCACCGGCUUAUGGGCUAGAAACUCUGCGCCUGCUGGGAACCACCAGGCCAUUUGAAAGACCAGCAAAUCAGCCACAGGGACCCGUGAGCUUUGCGCCCUGCACUGUGAAGCAAAGUGGGGUGGCGGGGGGCGGGACCAUGGGGGGUCCACAUGCAAACACCCCGGUGCUCGUCCAGAAAAGGGUGCUUUCCCGAAAUCGGAAACCGAACACCCCCGCAACGCGGGGAGGGGAUUUUCAAUCGGGAAUUUAAGGUCUUGUGGAGAACACGAGUUGCUGGGCUGUGGCAUCAGAAACAGUGCAUUAAAUUCAAGCUAAUAAGCCGAUACUCGUACUGACUAUUAAAUAGAAUUAAUUUCCUCCUGCCAAAGCAUUCUUCCCUGAGCUGCUUAUAACUUUGUUGGACUCUGCUUCUGAUAACAGGAACAAUAAGAGACAGAUAUGUAUUUUUUUCCUUUCCUGACCUUUUCAAAUCAAUCUUUUUUUUGGAUCCAGAGCUGUUGUUAGUCCCGUCUCUCAGGUCCUUUCUUCAAGGUCGCAGAGACACUGAGCACGCAGCUUGGAUGUGCGAGUGGCCAGGAAGAAAGCCUUCGGCGACCUUUCUGUGGCAUUUCUCGGCACCCUCUCCUACCACCUAGAGCCUCGCUAUCUUAGAUCUCCCUGCGACGCGUUCAUGAAAAGGCGGACGCUGUCUGUCACUCCUGUCGCCUGCUCUUCGGUCCCUGCGUUCCAGGACACGGCCGCGGCACGGCUCAGGCAGAAGGUGGCAGGUGUCCCUCCUCCACCACCCCCGUGGCUUUGUGAUACGAACUGCUCCGCCAGCUCUGCCAUGCCCCGCUUCCUCGUGGCUGUCUCGUUGCUUCUGAAAUUCUAUAACUGGUUGCCUCUCUAGCGGGCGACGCGCAAAACUUGUGUUUUUUUUAAUAAAUAUGCAAAUGUGUAUUUUCAUAUUCAGGAAAUUUUGAUAAUGACAGCUGAAGAACUGGAGGCGGUUACUGCAGAAGCCUAAGGUAGCCAGAGACGCUGGUGACCUGCGUGCGCAGUUAAUCUUCAGACUCCCGGGCCCUAACGGAAAGGACCCCGACGUUUCUUUCAAAGCGGGGGGCGGGGAGGAGUGGGGAGGAGGGGGCUUUACUAGAGUUCCACGCUGCCGUCCGUAAUGUCGCUCACUCCGCUCUCUCUGAAGUGCAGCAAGGCCGCGUGGAGAACCCCGCUUUGCUGCAAAGGGGAAGCGGAAAUGACCGCAAAGCUGGACUCCACCAAAACCACGCUGCACGGUUAGCUCGUCUCAGAUUCCUGCUUCAGCGAACCUGGAACAACGGCUGCUCCUCCGUGCACCUUCGCGAAGCCCGGGCUCCUCACAUCUCCACUGACCUCAUGACUCACGGGUCCCUUACCCGUCGGUAAAGCGCAGCCGGACCAAGGAGUGCCCAAAGGGCAUCGAGCAGCAGGGGAGGUUCCGGGUCUCAGCACUGGCCCUUGGGUGGGAACUGUGGUCUCCAGGAAGGAUGGCGGACAAGAGGGUCAGGGCAGCAGUGAAGGAACAGCUCUGAAAAGCCAGCGCCUAGGAGCCCCGGCUCUGUCCUUGGUGCUGAACGUUAUCCUUUUCGAGUUACAGACCUUGUUGAAACCAGAAAAUACCGACACAAGGCAAUUAACUGCAAUGAGCGUCACGAAGAUCAAUGCGUUAAAAAUCCCUGUGUGCAGUGAGCACACUUAUCACUGGGGUCCAAAGGGGUUCCUACUGGGGAAAAUGUGAGGACCAGAGCUGUUCAAAAUUUAUACUUUUCAUUUGCUUUUUGCACUCAGUUGGAAUUUUUUUUCAUUAGAUUUGUCUGUUACUGAAGUUCAGCAGAAAAAAACAAAGAUUUUAUUAUUCGAUCAGAUUAAUAUUAACCAAACUCCCAGUGUGUAGCAGGCAUUGUGACAGGCACAGGAUUAUACACCUAUAUUAGGUAAUGCGUUCCUCAAAACAAAAGGGAACAGAGACUUAGCAAUGCAGCAAUUAACGUGCAAGACAGAAGAUUUAUAAGUUUUGAUCAGCGUGUUCUUCCACUGCAGCUUUUACAUCAAUAACCCAAGCUUGGUCUUCUCCAAACUUCUAAUCACAGAGAUCUCUAGCCCUCCUGUCACUGGAGAAAUAUCUGCUCCAGAGCUCACAGUUUUUGCUCCUGUCUGUGAAAAUGGUGAUCUAGAAAGAUAAUCAUUUCAAGGCCUGGUUUUAUGACUUGUUUCCAAGUGAGAAGGAAAAAAAAAAAGGGAAAUUCUAAAACAGCACUUUGUGUUCCCUGUCAACGGAAAGUAUCUGCUUCGUCUAUAUUUGGAGAACACAUUCAUUCAGAUGCUGCAAGACAAUUAUUAAUGUGACUAUAAAAUUAUCAGCGAAGCCAAACCCUCCAGCUUGGAAGCUCCAAAGACAAUUAGAUGGACUACCAAAGCAAUAUGUAUACAACGUAUUACAUAGUUUCAGCACUUAGAAACACCCUCAUGCUUCAUAAAAUUUUAGCAGGCAUACCUUGAUUGACAUGAGCUGUGGAGGCAGCCUGUGACUUAACCACAUGACGCAAGGGCAACACUUUAAAAUUUACCCACGAAUUAAUCUCUCAGUGACCUCUAUUUCUAUAAACUACCUCUGUGGACUCCGAACACUUGAAUCCCUUACACGGAAGAAAAGUCCUAAUUAAAACUUGAAACACACUGAAGAGUUUCUCUAAGAAAAGCUCAUGGCAAUGAAAUCCUAGACAUACUUCUCAGACGCGCUGGAACUGUGAGUCACCGAUUUCUCAUUUAAAUUAGCUAAUAAGAGAGUGACCACGGUUACAUCUCCAUAUGAAGCAGGCGUAAUGACUCAUUUGCUUCUUAUCAGCGCGCAUUGGCAAAACUACACCGCAUCUCAGAUCCAGUAGGGUAGGCUGGGUGGUCACUAAAAGCAGCAAGAGGAAGGAAACUGAAUGACCGUACAGAGCAGGAGGGUGGGGGCCAGCGUUAAGAGGAAGUGUUUUCCACAUCAUGCUUUCAACCACCUAUGAGAAAAACUCUACCGCGGUUCCCCAUGAAAUUUUAAGUAAUGUCCAAAAGAGCUUCCUAGCUUCCGUGAUGUCCACCCCACCUACUCCCAUUUGCUCCGUUUAUCCCAGCCACACCCGCCUGCUUUUCUCUCUUGCAAACAUGGCGUCACUGUCCACACUGCAGGACGUUCGCAUGUGAUGAUGGUCCUUCUGCCUGAGGCACUCACCUCCCGAUCUCCAGAUGACUGCUUGUUUAUCAACAGUCAGGUCUUAUUUCAAAUGGUGUGUCUUCCGUGUGCUAACCUCAGGCACGCCAGCACGACACUUCCCAAAACACAUGGUGGUAUCACAAACGAUCCAUCCAUCUAUCUGGUUAUUCACUCAUGUGUUUCCCUGUUGCCUGUCUGCCUCUUCCACUCUGCCAUAAGCUCUAUGAGGACAAGGACUUUGUGUUGUUCAAAAAUGUCUCCUCAGUAGCCAGGAUAAUGCCUGACCCUGGUAGGCACUUAAUAACUAUUUGCUUACUGACUAUAAUGGGGGUGGGGGGUGGAAUGUGUGCUUUUUACAAGGUAAUAAGAAUAGAGUCUUUUCACAAAGGCCUUAAAAAGCACUUUCUAACUGAAGAACCCCAAGAUCCUGGAAGAGAGUCCUCUUCUGCAUUCCAGGGGCCUGAAGCCUUUGUCUGUCACGGCUGGAUUCAUUGACUGUCCCAAGCUGGCAAUUACACACAGUACAGAACACAGGUUCUGAGGCACAGGAGCACAUCAGGGAGCAUCAGAAGCCUGGGGUCUAAAAAUCACGACAUGCCAGACCUGCGGUGUGACUGUGUUCUCUGUAGGAUGAGGGUGGCGCCAUCAAUGUGAGGGCUCAAGGCUGUAAUGUAGCUGGGACAGUGGGGGGCCUAGGACACCGGGCAAGCACGGGCGCUGGAUGGAGCUGUGUCCCAACGACUCGGACACGAAGCUCCCUGUGCCACCAGAGGAGGGUAAGAAGUGCCCCCCUCCCCAGCUUUGCCUGUUCUCUUUGAAAAGCCUAAGUUUUAGAGUGUGACCAGCAGGCUGACCACUAUUCUAUGUCCCUGCCUUGACUGGUGGUGAGUACACUAACAGGCCAGUGCCAUGUAACAGUGGCACAGCCCCUCGCCUGCAACCCGGCGAAACAGUCUGAGAGCACGUGCCACGUCGGACGUGUUGACGCUGGGACACCAGCUCCAGUGCCGUGCUCAUUUCACUGUGGGAAAUGGCCGUGCUCAGAAAUGAGGUCAAAGCCAAGCGCUGGUAGGAUAAGCUGGACAGGGAAAGGUGUGGGGGAAGGGAGGAGGUCGGUGCCACGAUACACAGGAACCUGGUCCCAGCUCGACAAAUCUGGAGUCAGGCGGGCAGCUCGGGGGGGUGCGCCCUGAGGCCUGUCGGUGACGGCAGAAGGGGCUGCGGAGGCAGAGUCUGUGUCUGGGACCUUCAGAGUCCCUUGCCUGACGAAGGCAAAGGCAGGGGAAAGGCCAGGUGUCAGUCCCACGAGGCGCCCCAUGCGGGGAAUGAUGGUGGACAAAGGUCAACACAAGCGCAGACACAUUAUGAUUCCAGUUCUGGCUCAACUAGACUGUGUCACAGGCGAUGGCGGGCAACACCCUGGGGCAGAAUAUGGUCACUCGAUUAAUAAAUAGAAUGUGCAGAAUUCAAAGGUCGCGUCCCAGUUUACGAAAGCUCACCGAGACAACAUGGCUUGGAGUGGAAAAUCCUUUGUCAAAUGUUUAUGUAACACAAAAUAUAAUGAGGAAAACAAGUCAUUUUCAACUCAAAACCCAUGAUGCAUACAAGAGAAGUUUGCAUAGUGAAGGUGAUAAAAUAUUGAUGAUCCAUGUUGACAAAAAACCAUUUGUUCACACCAUUACUAUGUUAAGUGACUCUAUAAAUGUAAAUUUACCCCCAAAGUGUGUAUAAGCCAAUUCAGAUGAAAGCUUUUCUUCUGCCACAGAUUUAACAGAUUCUGGUUAUCA